AUGUUUAAAUCAGUUCUGAAAUUUACUUCUUCAACCUUAGCGCAACAAUUAGCCGAAAGUGAAGCUGUAUUAGACCCUAAUGGUGAUCUGCUGUUAAAAUGGAGAGUUAACUAUAUAAUUCAGAAGAUUCAAUUCGAAAUAGUCUUAUCAGAGAGAGCGCCAGCAUUUGAUUGGUUUGCUAUUGGAUUUUCUGAUAGAGGCGAACUGAAAAAUUCGGAUGUCUGUGUACUAUGGACGGAUUACAAGGGCCUGGAUCACUUUGAGGAUAUGCAUGCAGACGCAUAUGGCAAACUAUUACCUGAUAAGCAACAAGACUGCGAAGGUUUUCAUUUGAACAGCCAGUCUAGAAGUAUUAUAUUCGAGCGUUCCUUUGACACUUGCGAUAAAGACGAUUAUGUUAUUGAGGAUGGUACAGUCCACGUGGUUUGGGCACGGGGCACCGAUAAAUUGUUUUCAUCAAAAGGCUUAUGUUUGACUGCUACAUCUUCUAAAGACCAUGGAUUCAUAAGAGUCCGACUGUUGACGUCGCCUAAACAACCUAAAGCGUUAGGUCAAGAGUUACGCGUCACUAAUAAAAAUUUGAAAGUACCGAGAGAUGAUACCACGUAUUGGUGUAAAGUGUUUAAACUUCCCGAUUAUGUAAUACAACGUCCACAUCAUAUAAUACAAUUUGAAUCCACUAUUACCAAAGGUAAUGAAGGUUUGGUUCAUCACAUGGAAUUAUUCCAUUGCGAUACUGACCCCAACUUAGACAUACCACUCUAUGAAGGUAAUUGUUUCGCAAAUGACCGGCCUGAAGUAACGCGUCGUUGUUCAAAGGUUAAAUCUGCAUGGGCUAUGGGAGCACCGCCUUUUGUAUAUCCAGAAGAAGCUGGUUUACCAAUAGGAGGACCUCACGCAAAUAAAUACUUAAUGUUAGAAGUGCACUACAAUAAUCCGGAGAUGAAAACUGAUUGGGUAGAUAGUUCCGGUAUAGUGGUUUAUAUAACUCCCAAUCUCCGCCGGUAUAAUGCUGCUGUAAUGGAACUCGGACUCGAAUAUACUGAUAAAAUGGCUAUCCCUGGAGGACAGACUGCGUUCCCGCUUACUGGCUACUGUAUACCUCAGUGUACUGGAGUGGGCUUGCCUCCCCAUGGUAUUAUAGUAUUUGGCAGCCAACUACAUACUCAUUUGACUGGCAUCGCCGUAUGGACACGUCAUUUCCGACAAGGCAUUGAGUUACCAGUUCUAAACAAGGAUAUGCAUUACUCAACGCAUUUUCAAGAAAUACGAAUUUUACAUCGACCUGUUAAAGUUUUACCGGGCGACUAUUUGGAAACUACUUGUUUAUACAACACAAUCGAUAAAACAAAUGCAACAAUAGGAGGACACGCAAUAACUGAUGAAAUGUGCGUUAAUUAUAUGCAUUAUUAUCCUGCGACAGAUCUCGAAGUUUGCAAAAGCGCGGUAUCCAAUAGCGCGUUGGAAAAUUAUUUUAAAUUUGAGAAACAAUGGGAUAACAUGACCAUAUCUUACAAGAGCUCACCUCGCGAAAACUAUUUAAGCAUCAAACCUUGGACUCCAUUACGUGCUGAUGCAUUAAAUGAGCUUUAUACAGAAUCCCCAAUAUCAAUGCAAUGUAAUAAGUCAGAUGGGAGUCGAUUUCAGGGCGAUUGGGAAGGUAUAUCUAUACCAAGAAUCAAAGUUAAAUUACAUGUUCUAAACAGGCAUUGUCAAAUGGGCUACUCUAACGAGAGUUAAAUGAUGUGCAACUUAAAUUAUUAAUCAUAUAAAAUUCUAUCUUAUAGUAAAGUGUUAUUAUGAUGCAUUUAUUAUAUGGUAAUACUAAUGCCGGCCAUGGCGUUUUAUCUUACUAUAAAUUAACAGUAACAAUAAAAUUAAAACUGUACUUCAGCUUAACUUAAAACGGAGACAUAUAUAUUAUAUGUUGUAGUUGUUUUUAUCAAUACUCUUUGUUUUGUAUGUCACACGUGGCGUAAUUUUAAUUUAUAAAACUUUUUCUUAGAACCUGGAAAUUGUGUUGUUCUUACAAAAUACU